GGCUAUCUUUCCGUUUCAGCUGGGCAGCACGGACAGUAUUGGGCAGUAUCUCGGAUUCUGUACGCCUUGGCCCAAGUUCACGAAGAGGAGAUGCUCGAUCGGAAUCGUAACAGAUUUCGGUCGGAUUUGCUCCGUUCACGGCUUUCAAUUAGGCGACCGGAGUCCGGCGUGUAAUCCCAGGUUCUUCUCGCGUAAUGCGAUCGGCGGACUAGCGCUGUCAAGUCGCACUCGAAGUUGGCCAUGGACGUGUUCAACCGGCUAAGGACCACGGUGUCCAACCUUAGCACGGUCCUGCCAGGCAAUCCUGUUACGCGAGAGUAUGAAAUCAUCAAGCACGUCGGCAGUGCUGGACCCGGCCUCCUCUGGAAGGUGUACCAAGCCACCAAACGAAGCACCAAGGAGGAGGCGGCUGUGUUUGUGCUGGAGAAGAAGCAGCUGGAACGUUACUCCAAAAGGGACAGGGAGCUCGUAAUGGACAUCCUGAAGCAAGGCAUUGCACAGCUUACUCGGCUUCGGCAUCCCAGCAUCCUCACCGUCCAGCAUCCUUUGGAAGAAUCCAGGGAAAGCCUAGCAUUUGCGACCGAGCCAGCUUUCUGCAGCCUGGCCAACAUCCUGGGGCAGGGCGAGAACAUGCCUGUGCCGCCGCCUCCAGAGCUCAAGGACUACCAGCUGUUUGACGUCGAGAUUAAGUAUGGCUUCUUGCAGGUGUCAGAGGGCUUGGCCUUUCUGCACAACGACGUCAAGCGCCUUCACCGUAACCUCAGCCCGGAGUCUAUCAUCGUCAACAAGAAGGGGGCGUGGAAAAUUGCAGGCUUUGACUUCAGCGUUGCGUCGACUAACCCGCAGGAUCCGCAACCAAAUUACCCGAGCCUGAACCUCGAACCAGAUCUGUUGCCGGUGGCGCAGCCAAACCUCGAUUAUGUGGCACCCGAGUGCGUGCUGGCGGAUUCGAGCGACGCAGCCAGCGACAUGUUCAGCCUGGGCGUCCUCGUGUACACCGUCUACAGCAAGGGGGCGCCGCUCUACGACACCCACGGCAGUCUGUCCACUCUGCGCCAGUGCAUCAACAAGCACUUGAAGCACCUUUCUGCAAGCAAGCUGAACUGCCUACCCGAUGAAGCGCGGGAGCACGUGCGGAUGCUGCUCAGCAUCACUCCAGAUAUCAGGCCAGACGCACAUCAGUUCUCAAAGCUCAAGUUUCUGGAGGAUGUUGGAGUGAAGACAUUGCAGUACCUGGACUCCCUCUACCAGUGGGACAACCUGCAGAAGUCGCACGUCUACAAGGGCCUCCCACAAGUGCUGGCUCAGAUGCCAAAGCGUGUGGCGCUUCACCGAGUGCUCCCCUGCCUGGCCAAGGAGUACGCCAGCCCCGAGAUGGUGCCCUUUGUGCUGCCCAGCGUCCUCCUCAUUGCGGAGCAGGCCACCAAGGAGGAGUUUUGCGCCACCAUCCUGCCCGACCUGAUACGCAUCUUCAGGCUACGCGAGCCCGUGCAGAUCCUUCUCAUUUUUAUGCAAAAGAUGGAGCUGCUCCUUACCAAGUGUCCUCCAGACGACAUAAAAAAUCACGUCCUUCCCAUGAUCUACGGCUCGCUCGAAUCGGACGCGCAGCAAAUUCAGGAACUCUGCCUGAACAUCAUCCCAGACUUUGCCCACCUGAUCGAUUAUCCGUCAAUGAAGAAUGCCCUGCUGCCCAGAAUAAAAAAGCUCUGCCUUCAGACCAACUAUCUCUCGGUUCGUGUCAACUGCUUGGUCUGCCUGGGGAAACUGCUGGAGCACCUCGACAAAUGGCUCGUGCUCGAUGAAAUUCUGCCCGUGUUGCCAGAGAUACGCUCCAAGGAGCCCGCUGUGCUUAUGGGGAUCUUGGGCAUCUACAAGCUCGCCAUGACGCACAAGAAGCUGGGGCUGACCAAGGACGUGAUGGCCUGCAAGGUGAUCCCGUUCCUGAUGCCGCUCACCAUAGAGAACGGCCUGACGCUCAACCAGUUCAACGCCAUUAUGAGUGUGGUGAAGGAGAUGAUCGGAGCCGUGGAGCUUGAGCACAGGGCAAAGCUGGAGCAGCUCAACUCCAUCAAAAAGGAACAGAGCACUGCCAUGGACAUGACCAACCCCAAUGAAAUUGUUCCCGGUCUAGGGCCCGUCGGCAAGCCAACCUCCAUCAGCAGCAGCGUCUACGACGACCUGGGCAUUUCAAACUUCUCGUCGGCGUCUCCGACCACAAGUGCCACGAGGUCUCCCGUCCAGAAAGCAAAGCAGUCUCUCACCCUGGAAGAAAAGCAGCGCCUGUCCCGAGAACAAGAACUCCAGCAACGCGUACAGUCGCAGCCAGCCCUGAUCCCGAAGAAACCGCCGACGGCACAAGCUCCGCCCGAAGCCAAAGACCUGACGUCGACACUCAUCAACUCCAACCUGGCUUCCCUCAACAUCCGCAGUCCAACGGCGCCGAACCCCUUUGCAUCUUCACCAGGCGGCGACUUCGCAUCGAUGCAGUCUAAUGUCAAUCCAAUGGCAGCGGCGCCGCCGUGGGGCUACGCUGCAGCACAGAUGCCGCAGCAACGGUUCGCGGCGAUGCCGCAGAUGCAGCAACCGCCCGUCGUCAACUUGGCGCCGUUGGACAGCUUGCUUCCGCGAAUGGGUGGGGGCGGAGCUCCGGGCAUGUCUCCACGUCCGCGGAUGAACCAGAUGGUGCCGCCCCAGCCCGCAAACUACGGGAUGAACUUCGCAAGCGCCAUGCCAUCGCAGCAACCGGCCCUGUUGUCAUCUGCGUCGCCGGCGAAACCGCUGUCGAAAAGCGAACUGGACGACUUCCUUAGCUGAGUGCCCGGCCGGUUUGUGGAGUGCGACGGUAUGAAAGAACGAAGUGGCUCACCGGAAAAAGCUCAUGGGGUUACAGUGAGGGUUCCGAAGGGGCGAAACGGCCGUCGUCUUGCGCGUGCGCCAGCAAUAAAGGUUUUUUCCGGCGGUGCUAGCGUGACCGACGUUUACGCCGGCUGGCCGUGAGCGUUUGUAAACUAUGAGAGUUCUAUAUUAUUUAAUAAACGGUUCUGAAAUUUA